CAAAAGGAAAACCAAAAACGUGGGAGCAGUUUGUGAUUGCGUUGGUGAGAAGCCAGGGAAGGCGGCAAAGCGCGGUAGAUUUUGGAAGCUAUAAAUAAAUCUCAAAUGGAAACCCCCUUUUUUCAAUUUCAAACGGCGACAUAGAGAGAGCGCCAUUUCUCUUCACCAUGACUGAAACCGAUGCGCCUCCUUCUUCUUCCUUCUCUAUAGGAAAUUGCCAGGUCAAAAUCAAUGGAAAUGCUUGUGUUUCUGAAGAUGAUAACCAAAAACUGCAGAUCUCGGUGUUAGAUGCUGCUAAAAUUGUUAUCUCUGUUAAUAGAACAUCCGGAAGGCGUACAACCAGGAGAACUGCUCGCCAUUCUGGAGAGCUUUGUCAGACUAUUCCAGAGGGUUCCUCAUUCCUGGUUUUGAACCCAAAAAAUGUUGAUGUUCAAGGAAAACUGUUGCUUCAGAAUGUACUCAAGAUCUACAAGGAAGAACUUCCAUCCAUGAAAUUUGUUGCAACUACUGGGAAAGAAUCAAAUUUCCUUGAGAAAUGUGUAUUGAGCGGGAAAUAUUGCACCGUGGUUUUGAAAUCCAAUGCUAUGAGGGGAUUUGGAGGGGUGGUUGCUGCCAUAUCAUAUCAAAUAAUACCUGCUGAUACUCAAUUUGCUGAAAUUCCUGUUGCUGCUGUUAGAGAAUGCUACCAACAUAAGGGUAUUGGUCGCCUCUUGUUCAUGGAAUUGAAGAGGAGGCUUCAAAAUGUUGGCAUUUUGACAGUAUUUUGUUGGGGCGACAAGGUAUCUGAAGGAUUUUGGCUUAAACAGGGUUUUGUGACAAUGGCUGAGGUAGAUACCAAGGGGAGAGCACGUAAGCUUCCAAUCAAAGCCGAUGUUCGGAGGGCAAUGUGUUUUCCUGGUUGUUCUACCCUUUUAGUUGCUCAUUUAAAUAAAGAUAUCAGCACGCCAAUUGAUAACCUGAAUGCUACUCCCCCAAGACUUGUCCCGUCUUGUGAUCUUCCACAUUUUUGUUUGGUAGAACCUGAGAAAUCUGUUACUAAGACAUCGCCCACUAUCCUGAUCAAAACUCCUGGAAUCUUAGAAGCAAAGAUGUGCCAUGCUUCUUCAAGAACUAAUUUUCCAAUGGAAAUAGAUGCAUAUGAUCCCAGUGCUGGUCAGGACGUCGAACCUAAACAUGAAGUCUUAAAACACUCGAGAGGCCUGCAAGAAUGUGAAGGGACUUCUCCUAGAGGCAGUGGGUCAUUGCGCUACCCAGAGGUGGCUUAUCAGAAUGUUAAGGAUCAUGCUGGUAAAACCUCUGGUAUUGGAGCAAGCACGAGUACAGAUACUGAUCACAAGCCUUUCUCCUGUGCUGGAAGAAGAGUGAAGAGGAAAAUCCACAAAGAUUCAGCACAUUCAUUUGAUUCAAAAGAAGCCAAUGCCACACAUCAGGGUGAGUGUAGUGCAGACACAAAUGAAGUUCCUGUAUGUGAAGAACCCCAAAAUGCUAAUGGAUCUGCCAUUUGUUGUGGCCCAGCAUCCUUGGAAGUUGGGUUUCAUGAUCCUCAAGAGCGAAUUAGCUUGUCAGGUCAUACCCAACAAGAUGCACAUGUUUCUUCAAUGUUAAUUAUAGAUAACAAUCCAAUAUGCCUCUCUGUAAAAGAGCACCCUCUAGUAAUGUUGGCAAAUAUUGCGGAGGAUACUAAAAAAGAGCAUCCAUUUGAUUCAAAAGAAGCCAAGCCAGCUCAUCAAGAUGACUGCUAUCUAUAUACAUGUGAAGAUCAUGUAUGUGAAGGUUCCUAUAAUGAUUUUGGUGCUUCAUCAGCGGAAGUUAGUUACAAAUUUCCUCAAGAGCAAAGUGGUUUGGCUGAUCAUGCCAAAGAAAAUAUGUCGGUUUCUACUAUGUCACCCAGUGACAGCAAUCCACCCUGGGUCUCUUCAAAAGAACACCCUGUAAUAUUGUUGAUGAAUAUUGCUGAUGAUAAUAAGAAAAAGUGGCUCACAAAGAUUGUUGAAGAUCUAGGAGGUAGUGUUUCUUCUUAUGGGAGCUUUAGCACACAUGUUGUCACAGGUGUGGCUAGAAGAACCUUAAAUUUCUGUUCUGCUCUUUCAGUGGGAGCAUGGAUAGUCUCGCCUAAGUGGUUAAAAGAAAGCUUCAGAGAAGGCAGGUUCAUCGGUGAAUUGCCAUUCAUUCUAGAAGAUGAAGAGUACAGGUUGAAAUACAAUUCAGACCUAAAAGAUGCUGUUCUCAGAGCACGGGCAAGUCCUCGCUCUUUAUUGAAAGGAUAUCAUGUGUAUCUUUCAUCACAUAUUCAACCCCCAGUUGAUGUUCUUUCAACCAUUGUGGGAUCUUGUGGUGGCCAUUUGUUGGAAGCGAUAGAUGAAGUGAAGGAGCCAUCUAAGACAAUUGUUGUGGCAUGUGAAGAAGACAUGGAGGAGGCCAUAAUGGCUGCCAAAGAAGGGAUGUUAAUCUACAAUAGUGACUGGUUACUGAGCUGUGUCAUGAGACAACAGCUUGAUUUUGAGGCCCCUCAAUUUGCGGAGUCCCUUUGAUAUAAGAGCUGUAUGUACAGGACAGUAGCAGUUGUAUGUGUGGGGUAUUUGGAAACAUGAUCAUGCAAAAGUGUGAACCAGCCUUGUUGUUAAUAGUUUGUAUUCUAAUGUUUUCUUGUUAAGAUGUGCCUGAUCAUUCCACCUUCAUGUAUGUUCCUCACAAGAGAGGUGAUUUUUGCAUUAAGUGCAAGCACACAAAAUAAAAAUCCUUUUCUGUAAUUUACAGAAUCA